UUCCCCGCGGCUGUCUGUGAUGCAUGAACCACCAUCAUGAUAUGAUAUUUAGAGCGCAGAGCCACCGAAUACCAAAAAGGCUUGAUAAAAAAAGAGACUGCCAUUUCCUCCGAAUCCAAGUCUCUCCUGCUUUCAAGUUUCAACUUUAUUUCUCUCUCUCUCUCUCUCUCUCUCUCUCUCCGUCAAAUAUCGUCUUGUGCCCUAAUCUUUUUCCCGAUAAUAUCUGUUCUGGUCAAUCGAUCUUCUCCAAUCACGCCAUGGCAAAUGCAGCAUCUGGGAUGGCUGUGCAUGAUGAUUGCAAGCUUAAAUUUUUGGAGUUGAAGGCAAAAAGAACUUACCGAUUCAUAGUUUUCAAGAUUGAGGAGAAGCAGAAGCAGGUGGUUGUGGAAAAAGUUGGCGAGCCAGCUAAUAGCUACGAGGACUUCACUGCAAGUCUUCCUGCUGACGAGUGUCGGUAUGCCGUAUAUGAUUAUGACUUUGUGACACAGGAGAAUGUCCAAAAGAGCAGGAUUUUCUUCAUUGCGUGGUCACCUGAUACAUCACGGGUGAGAAGCAAGAUGAUUUAUGCAAGUUCCAAGGACAGAUUUAAGAGGGAACUAGAUGGUAUUCAAGUAGAGCUGCAAGCUACGGACCCAACUGAGAUCGGCCUCGAUGUCAUCAAAAGCCGUGCAGAUAAAUAAUUAAUUCUCCAGUCUGGCAAUGGAUCUUUGACUCUUUGCUCUAGUGAAGAGAAAUGUUAAUAGUUGUGGGAUAGUGAAACCUGGUUGGGAUAUGGCAUUGGUUUGUCAUUCAAUGUUUUAACAUAUAAUAUUCUCCUCUCCAAAAACUAGUGAUUUUGGGCUUGUGAUUUCAUUUUGUGUGGAACUUAAGAUUACCAUUUUCAAGCCAUUGUGUAUCAUUAUCUGGGGCCGGAUAAUACUUUUCUGUCUUUGCAAUGGAUGAUGUAUUGCCCUUUUUCGUGAA